AUGAGUACAGCACCCACAUCGAACGAUUUAUCGGAUUCUUGUAUAAUAUGUUCCAGUAAACAUGAACGAAUUCGACCAUCUUUAUGUCAAUGCAAGCAUUGUUCUAGAUCGCUUUGUUUUGAUUGUAUGAAAGAUCAUCAUGAUGAAUUGCAACUAAGUAUCGCACAAGUUUCAAAUCGAUAUAAUGAGCUUAAACAAUUAAUAGAUACAAAAAUAAUAUUAAUUACAAAGGAAACUGUUGCAUCAAAACGCGAAUUAAGUGAAUGGUAUACAACAUUGAUUGAUAGUCUUACUGUGGAAAAAGAAAGCAUUGAUUUGAAUAUUGAGAAAGAAGAACAAAAAGCAAAGAAAUUUGUUUAUGAAAUAGAAUCAGAAAUGCAAACUUUCCAAGAUGAUAUUCAAACUUUUACAAAGAACAACACUUUUCGAUCAGAGAAUUUGACAAAAAUCUUUGAAAAACUCGAUGAACUUAUUCAAAGAUUAGAUUCAUUAUCAUAG